UUCCAAUAAUGGCCGCACUAAUUCCAUAGAUGGCGCCUGCGCUGCCUACGGACGCGAAUGACUCUUGGCUUGGAAUUAUUGGAAGCAACUGCGAGAGACGGCGUUGUGUUUGUGUUAGUAGUCUGCAGUUGCAGUUUGCAUCAAGCUGUGAUAUUGUCCCACUGCGGUCGGUUGGCGUGUGGCGUUGUUCUUUACGUUCUUUUCUAUUCUGCUCUGUCUCUCAUCCACUACAGACAUGAGCGAGUUAAAUCCCGAAGAGAUAAGACGAAGGAGAUUGGCUCACUUAAGGGGUCCCAUGACUUAUGCUGCUCUUGCAACUACUGCUACAACUACAACUGCUGAUGGCUUGGAAAAUGAAAGUAACAAACAGCCAGCAUCAGAAAGAGUGGAAGCUACAGCUGAAUGUUCUACAGUCCCAGAACCAUUGGCCAAUCCACUAGUUCCAAAUUCGAUGGAAACUUCAGUCCAGCAACAGUUUGCUGAAAAGGAAGCACCAAUGGAGGUGGAAGAAAACUGUGAAAAGCAGUUAACGUCGUCCGGUGUAGACGUCGACUCAGGUAUUGAAAAUAUGGAAGUGGAGGAUUCGGAUCGCAAAGAUGUGACUCCAAGAUCGAGGAGAGCGAGUUCGAGUACGGGUGAAAUAACACUGGAGCAGGUGCACGCAGCCGUGUCGCGAAUACUGUGCGUGUCCUGGAAGGAGACAAGCGAAGGUACAAUAUACCUGCCGGAGACGGCAAAACACGUGGCAAGCAGGUGUUCGGAAGGCGAGGUUGUCGACACAGCGGAUCUGUCGAGUCAGGCGAUCAUGGAGGUGCUGUGCAAAUUCGCUCAAGGCGAGGACCCGCUGAAAGACAUUGCUGUAGAUGCUUCUCUCGACUGCCGGGACAGUCCGAACAGUCAGUCAGCUAGUCCGCUGCAGAGCCCGAUGAUGAUGACGGCCAGCAGUAGCACCCCGUCAACGAGUCACGAUCGCGAAAGAACUUCCGAGAAGCAACAGCAGCAGCAACGCAAUGAGGAUCUGCCGCAGUCCAAAAACUUGCUAUACCUAUUUGACAGUUACUCCAGGGUAGGAGUGGAAGAGCGAAACCAUCCGAAGCGUUGCAGUGUGGCUCCGCUUUCGGAUGUUCUGGCAACGCUACGCGCCCAGUGUGUACAAUUUGCGAGUCUGCUGCUGCAAGGCCGACUACCGUCAUUGCAAGCAGAUGCUUCUUGCAACGCUGCCGGUGGAAAUUCGCCGCUCCUGAGUUUCGUGCUGGCGCAAACGCUGCCGCGGGGUUUCUUACACGAGUUGGUAGUUCGCACGCAAGGUUACCCUGAGGCCAUGGAGCGCAUCUUCACACCACUCCUGCAGGGCCUUAAUCAGCAAAUGCAGUGCGCCAGUCUCGUGGGAAAUACGCAUCGAAGGCCUAUCGAGGCAUUGGCCGAACUUGUGGAUAUACGCUGUGGGCCGAGCGGCAACUUCCGACCCAUGUGCCGUCUCAUCGCCAACCAAGCGCAGUUCUUGCCCGAACUGAUUACUCCUGCACCCGGCCGUGAGAUCGCCCGUACCUCUUUCCUCGGACCAUUUCUUUCUGUAUCUAUAUUCGCUGAGGAUCAUCCCAAGGUGGCGGACAAGUUCUUUAGCGGCAACAAUUCCAGCGAUAAGAUGAUGGUCAUCACACUGCAGACCGAACUCGAAUGCAUUCGCGAGUCACUAUAUCAAAUUGUGCAUUCGAUCUUGGCGUAUAGUGCGUGCCGAGAGACUGCUGUUGCUUAUCUCGCUGCUCUUCUCAGAAACAACGAGAAGCGUACGCAGAUACAAACCGAUGAGUAUACGCUAGCCGGUGACGGCUUUGCUCUCAAUGUUCUCUCAGUCCUACAGAUGUUAUCAGUGAAAAUUAAGCUCGACACCGUGGAUCCAAUGUAUCCCUUUCAUCCCGAGUGUCUCGUCGAUAUCAGCAACGAGACAAGGCUCAAACUCACGUCGCAAGAGGUGACCGACUGGCGCGAAGAACUGCAAAAAGCCGGACACAAUUGGUCCAAGGUGAAAUUCCCGACGCAGUGCUGGUUCCUAACGCUUCACUGUCACCACAUCGCUCUCAUACCGGCCAUUCAGAAGUACCAGAAGAAAACCCGAACUCUGCGUGAGCUGCAGAAGAUGCUUGAUGAACUGCAAGCUAGUGAGCCCCAGUGGAAGGACAGCACAUAUGCCGCUCAGAACAAGGAACUGAUCAAGCGUUGGAAGCACCAGCUCAAGAAACUUGUUAAGUACAAAGUGUGCGCAGAUGCUGGCCUCAUCAAUUCGCAGAUGCUGCGCAGGUCCUUGCAUUUUUACACCUCAGUCGCCGAAGUGCUGCUCAGGCUAUUAACGCAACGUGACAACAUCAAUGAUUUAGCCCACGACAAUAAUCUCGUCAAUAUUCUCAGCUGUCGCUCGGAAACGCCCAAGAUAUUCACUGCCUUGCCUGAAUGGUAUAUUGAGGACAUUGCCGAGUUUCUGCUAUUCACCCUUACGUAUUGUCCCCAUGUCGCAUCUACAGUCGACACGACUCUCGUCACGUGGUUGCUGGUUCUGAUAUGCGCCCAGGACUGCAUUAGGAAUCCAUACUUAGUAGCUAAGUUGAUCGAGGUGUUGUUUGUGAUAAACGCAAGUAGCCAAGCGCAGGGCAAAACAAAGGGGCUGCAAAAGCAAGUGAUGUCACAUCCCCUUUCAAGUAUGCUGCUUGCCUCGAAUCUUAUGAGGUUUUAUACGGACGUAGAGACGACGGGCUCAUCGAGCGAAUUCUACGACAAGUUCUUCAUCCGUUAUCACAUAUCAUUGAUCCUCAAGACCAUGUGGGAGAGCCCAGUACACCGCACCUCCAUCAUACGCGAGAGCUCCAAUGGCAAACAGUUUGUCAAGUUUAUAAACAUGCUAAUGAAUGACACGACCUUUCUGCUGGACGAAUCACUCGAAUCACUGAAGCGUAUUCAUGAGGUACAGGAGUUAAUGAGUGACACGACCGCCUGGGCGGCUCUACCUCAGGAGCAGCAACAGUCGCGUAAUCGUCAACUUGCCACGGAUGAACGCCAAGCAAGAUCGUACCUUACUCUUGCUAAGGAGACCGUAGCCAUGUUUCAUUAUCUUACCAUCCAGAUAACCGAGCCAUUCCUCAGACCCGAACUCGCAUCACGACUGAGCGCUAUGCUCAAUUUCAACUUACGACAACUCUGUGGCCCCAAAUGCAACAAUCUGAAGGUGCGCAAGCCACAAAAGUACGGCUGGGAACCGAGAACACUUCUCGAGCAUAUCGUCGACAUUUAUUUACAUCUUGACUGCCAAAAGUUUGCCGCCGCCCUGGCCAGUGAUGAGAGAUCUUUCUCGAAAGAAUUAUUUGCCGAGGCGGCGAGCAAACUCGAACGAUUGGCUAUCAAGUCGGCCGCUGAAAUUGAACGAUUCCUUGCUCUCGCUGAUAAAGCCGCCCAGAUUGCUAGCGAUAAUCGAGCCCGUGAGGAAGAUUACAACGACGCACCCGAUGAGUUUAAAGAUCCCCUUAUGGGUACACUCAUGGAGGAGCCUGUCAAAUUGCCCUCCGGAAUUAUCAUGGACAAGGACGUCAUUAUUAGACAUCUGCUUAACAGUGCCACUGAUCCCUUUAGCAGGCAGCCCCUUAGCGAGGAUAUGCUUGCCCCUGUGGACGACUUAAAGGCCCGAAUAUCUGAAUGGAAGCAACAGAAAAAUACGUCGACCAACGUAUGAGCGCUGCAAGUCUCCAAUUUGUUCUAUUCAACGCCAGUGUUUUGUCCUGAUUUCGACGAAACUGUGUGGAGUUUGA